GUCCGCCAUGGGCUCGCUGCUCCCGUGCGCAUUCGCAGUCUCUCCAUGAAUUAGAGCUGGAAGGGCGGGGGCGGGGGAGAGCGGAGACACCCCAGGGCCCCCAGGCAUGGCCAGCUCGUGUGCUGUUCAGGUGAAACUGGAGCUUGGGCAUCGGGCCCAGGUGAGGAAGAAGCCCACUGUGGAGGGUUUUACCCAUGAUUGGAUGGUAUUUGUAAGAGGACCGGAGCAUAGUAACAUUCAGCACUUUGUGGAGAAAGUCGUCUUUCACUUGCAUGAAAGCUUCCCUAGGCCAAAAAGAGUGUGCAAAGAUCCACCAUACAAAGUUGAAGAAUCUGGAUAUGCUGGUUUCAUUUUGCCAAUAGAGGUUUACUUCAAGAACAAGGAAGAACCGAAGAAAGUCCGCUUUGACUAUGACCUAUUCCUACAUUUGGAAGGCCAUCCACCAGUAAACCAUCUCCGCUGUGAAAAGCUUACUUUCAACAACCCCACGGAAGAGUUCAGAAGAAAGCUGCUGAAAGCAGGAGGGAUCAUGGUAAUGUCAGAUAGUACAUCAGCUGCUUCCGGGCAGAGUCUUCAUCUCCCCAACCUUCCCAGUAACUCCCUGUCUUUUUCUGAAGUGAAGAAGAAAUCAUCUCAUGGGCCAAAGGACCCAAGUAAGAAUAUAAGCACUAGCAGCAGCAGUAAUUGUAACAGUUUUUCAAAGCCCCAUAAAUUAACAAAGGAGCACAAGGAGAAACCCUCUAAAGACUCUAAGGAACAUAAAAGUGCCUUCAAAGAACCUUCCAGGGAACAUAACAAAUCUUCCAAAGAAUCCUCUAAGAAACCCAAAGAAAACAAACCACUAAAGGAUGAAAAAAUAGUUCCUAAGAUGGCCUUCAAGGAACCCAAACCUAUGUCAAAGGAGCCAAAAUCUGAAAAUAACAUCCUUACCAUAACAAGUGGACAGCAGCAAGAAAAGAAGGCCCCUACAAAAAGGCCUCCUGGUAUGGAUUCUGAGGAUCUUGCCGCCAAAAAGAGGAAAAAAAGUGGCUCAGAAACUUUAUUUAAAAGUUUUUCUAGUGCUCCGCCACUGAUUCUCACUUGUUCUGCUGCUGACAAAAAACAAAUAAAGGAUAAGUCUCAGUUUAAGAUUGGGAAAGUCAAAAUGGAAAGUGAGACACUGGAGAAGAAGAAAUCCAGUUUGCCACCAUUUGAUGAUAUUGUGGACCCUAAUGAUUCCGAUAUGGAGGAGAACAUGUCCUCGAAAUCUGAAUCUGAGCAACCUAGUCCUGCCAGUUCAAGCUCCAGCUCGAGUUCCAGUUUUACACCUUCUCAGAACAGUCGACAACAAGAUCACUGCUUAGGAGGGAGCGUAUCAAAAUCUAUAAAGCAGUUACAGCUGUACAACUAUAAAGAGCAGUGUCAGAAGCCAUUGAUUCAGCAUUGUCCCAUCAGUUUUGCAGGCAGAUAUGCAGGUCCUUUGAGGUCUAUUAUGAAAGAUCUGCAUUCUGAUGAUAAUGAAGAUGAAUCUGAUGAAGCAGAUGACAAUGACAACGACUCUGAGAUAGAGAGACCUGUAAAUACUCAUGGAGGGAGCAGGGGACGCAGGGUGAGUCUAAGUGAUGGCAGUGACAGCGACAGCAGCUCAGCAUCUUCACCGCUGCGUCAUGAGCCACCACCAUUACUAAAAACCAAUAGCAACCAGAUUCUAGAAGUAAAGAGUCCCGUAAAACAGAGUAAAUCUGAUAAACAGAUAAAGAAUGGCGAUUGUGAUAAGGCAUAUCUUGAUGAAUUAGUUGAGCUCCACAGAAGGUUAAUGACACUAAGGGAAAGGCAUGUACUACAACAGAUUGUAAACCUCAUAGAAGAAACAGGACAUUUUCAUAUCACAAACACAACCUUUGACUUUGACCUUUGUUCACUGGACAAAACUACAGUUAGAAAAUUACAGAGUUACCUGGAAACAUCUGGGGCAUCCUGAGGACACAACUUGUGGCUGCGUCAAAAUACUGUGAUCUUUUUCUUUUUAAAAAAAGAAAUAAAACAUUCAGAGUGAUGCAACCAAAAUGGCAAAAAAAGUCAGCCAACUCUCUUCAGCUUUAUUUUUUGUUAAAGCCAGUCAUCAUCUCUUAAUAAAGGAGAAGAAAAGUGACAAGCCUCAGAGGAUUGCUCUUCUCACCAAGGAAAUGCUCUGGAAGAGUUAGCCUGGAUAGCCUUGAAAAAAAAAAACACUUAAUGAAUGUGUUAUGGUAUCAUGUAUCUCUCUCUGUGGUUUUCCAGGCCACAAGACGAAUGCAUGUUCAACACACUGCCUUAUUACAUAACUGAUCUAUUUAUUAUUGCAUACCUAUAUUCUAAAGUCCUUGAGGGAAUGACACUACCAGAUGUUACAAGUUCUCGUGCACCGCUUACGAUCCUUUGAUGCAGAGCCACCACCGUCACAAGCCUUCUGACCUUACUCUCCUUUCAAUGCCA